CUCGGAAGGGGUUCUAAAUGUUUUCCAGGUACUGAACAAUAAUGGCCGCAAAUUCUACUAGACGUGUUUGAGUACUACAUAUAUUUAGUAGCAUUAAAACCUGCCAUGAGUAUACGCCCGAUCUGCUAAAGAGACAGAUUCAUAUGGGCAUGAUCUACAAAACGGCGCUGUCACACAGAAAACCUACCGAGUAAGAUCUUUGUGUCCCCGGCUGCUAAGAGAAGACGGGUGAUUUUCCCACAUUGCAAAAUGACUACAUGCCAUGCGUAUUCUUAUUUUUCUAAUGAAGAAGACCUUCGCCAAAUCGAAGACGCAGUCAAAGAGGCGAUUACAGCUGUCAUCACGGUCUUUUGCAAAUUAAAUAGUAACAGAAUGCGGGAGUAUGAAAUGAAAAUGUCCGAGAGAGACAAAGAGAACAGUGUACUGAAGAUGCAACUGGAAAGGGCAGAAGACGAACUGAUGUCGCUGCGGCAGCUGAGUGUGUCACGGGAGCAUAGCAUUGAUAGCGACAGUGACAGCGACUUACAGGCCGCCUGCGAUCGCCGCUUCGACUCCCCGGAGGAGGGCGAAGUCCGGCAUCGUGCGUGCGGGAAAUCAAAGCGCGCCCGCGGGGCUGCUGAUGCGCCCGGAGAGCGGUCGCUGAAAAGGGAGUUUGCGGAUCCUUGCGAGAGGGCACUUCCCAGGAGAGAUCCUCAAACUGAGGAUGCUGCGAGGCACAGUCCAAAUCUUUCUGUGACUGAAGAUGUGGACCAACUCAGAAAUGUUGUCCACGGGGAGCAGGAGAGGAGCCCCAAGCUCUUUACCAGCCCGGAACACCUCCGAAUUAAAGAGGAACCUGUCGAUUUUGAUACUGUUUUUAUCAAGUGGGAGGUGAGCGAGGAACGUCUCAGGAGGGAAGAGGAGGCGCUGGGAAAGGACCACGAAACCCACCCAGGACCCACAGCUUGUGUCCCUCUAGCAUCACCCUGUGUUGUCGGGGUGCAAGAAGUCACUUACGCGCAAUCUGCUGUCUCUGGAGACCUCAUAUCCGUGACUCAGCAAAGGAGGCUGUCGAACAGAGAGAGGCAGCAGAGAUACAGAGAGAAAAUCCGAGCGGAUCCUGAACGCCAGCGUGCUUACAGGGAGAAGGACAGGUGCAGUCUACAAAAUGGAGCCAAACAAUCUGAAAGCAGACUCAGUCACCAGAUGGAAAAUUCACACUGCAAACCUACGAAGGUAUCCAUCCGUGACCAUUUCGGUGAACCGUCUCCCACUAACACACCUGGAAAUCACAGAGCUGUAUGCAAGCACUGCAAUACAGCUGUCUGUGGUUCCAUCAAGGCCACUUCAAAUUUCAAAAGACACCUACAGAAAAAACAUCCAGAACUUUUGGAAAAGCCUGAAUCCAGUGCCUAUGUAGGCUACCUCAACCAGAGCAUCAUGGAUACUUCACCUGCUGAAGCUCCAAGGUCAAGCUGUAAAUGGGAUCCAGUGGAUAGUCAACAAGUUGCUCUGACAGACAGCAUUGUAACCCAUUGUGAAUGGUCUCCUUCCCCUCUGUACUGAGGAAAAAAAGGAUUUCGUUAGUUUUGCAGUUGGCUGAACUGUUCUUCACAAUGUCCUCUUGGAGAGACCUCACCUAGAACCUACUUUCUACACCAGCGCUGUAAAAAAAAUAAUUUAAUCAAUCCAAUCCAAGACACUUAUAUUUGCCUGUCAGAGGAUCUAUGAGGAUCUAUGGUCAAACCAAUAUAUGGCAUCAUUUUUUUGGCAUACCUGGUCAUUCAAAAGUUUGCAUUGUAGAAUUUAAUGUUGAGUUUCAAGCGAUUCAGCGGGAGACAUAAGGUAGAGAACAUUGGUGGAGUGCAUGAGAGUAACAGCUGAAGACAUUAAGAACUUAAUAUCAUUCACUGAGAGGCAUGUACCCUCUUGCCACAUAUGACUGGUGUUGAUAGUUGAUAGUGAAGAGGACGGACAGGAUGACACAUCUGAUUUUCAUGUGAUGAACACCGAUGAGGAGAUAAUAUUUCUCCAGAUAGACGUCCAUGUCUUGUCCACAUAUUACGACUUGUGGUUUGUGAUGCCCUGAAUGUAGCUGGCUCUCUUAAAAACGUGUGCCCUUGUGCCAGAAAUCUACACUGACUACUGAGCUUCUAGGAGGUCACAGACAUCAACCUGCAAGUGCCGCCAACUGGCAAAGCCAGUUGAAGAUGCUGAAGUUGGUCCUUAACAUUUCAACUGAUAUGUUUGUUCAGCUUCAGUUCCCUAUUGAACUCUCAUCCAAUGUAAAAUCACUCAAGAACUAUGUGUGGCACUAAAGCCUUUUGAGGAGGUAACAGGUAGGUGUCUGGUGGAGCUUCCAGCUUGGUGAUUCCAAGUAUGUGAAGAUUAAGACAUGUAGUCAGAAUAGUCACGAACAUGUCUAGCAACAAGAAGUUACUGUCCAUUCUCCAGAGCUUGGUUGAGAAGCGUCUUGCAGAAUUUGAAGACAUGCUUUGCUUCCAGAUGGCUUUCAAUCUUGACCUAAGAUGCACAUUGGAUUUGUGUAUUGAAGAGGUUGCACCAUGAAGGAUUCUCUCACAGGACAAACUGAGUGUCUUUACCCAAAACUGACUUCACAUGAUGUCACUAUAUGCCUGAGUCAACCGUGUCCAGCAGAGGACGGCAACCCUUCGGCCCACUGGAACGGAAACCGAACCAGCUCUCUUGAACCUGCACAACUCGCCUACAAAAACUUUGCUAUCCCAGCAUCCUCUAUACCUGCUGAGAGAAUCUUCAAAAAAAUCAGGCCAGAAUGUUGCAGUCUUAAUGAUAAAACCUCUGAAGAUCUUCUGCUAAUUAAAUGUAACCGUAUCGAACUAUGAGUCAUGUGUAUUGGAAUUAAGUAUAACCGCAUUUGAUGUUUCAUAACACUACGGUUGGCCUGUCAGACAAAAAUUACUGCCUAAAAGGAAAAUAAAUAGGAUCGACUACAUGAAAUUAAUAUAUUUUUUUGACAUGUAAAGAUGAAUUUGCUUUUAAUGUUAAAAAAUUAGCAAACUGUUAAUCAGCAAACCGUAACAAAAAAGACGAUACAUUUGACGUGACUAAAAUGCUACAGGUAUGUGGGGUUACAGUGAUACAAAUAACGUUUUCAUCACCUUCUGAUAACCAAACGUCAGGAAAAGCGACUGCACGCUUGUCCAAACAGCCCAUAAACAUGAAUAGUUAAAUAUACCAAAAUAUAAAAUAUGUGCCCAUGGAAAAGAACUUGGAUAGAAUAGAGUAAAAGUUACCACAGUUUUUCUCUAAUAAUCAUGCAGUACACUUUAAACAAGCUCAGCAUUUACAUCUACCAUCUAGCAAAUGUGUUAUGUAUUUAUGUUUUGCUAAAUUAAAUGACAUUACUGUUGUGACUGCACUUAAUGUCUUUGAGAUUAAUUUCUUCAUCCUGGGGGGGGGGGUGUGUGACCAAUUCAAUUCAAAUUCAUUUGAUGAAUGGAAUGGGGCCCACUUCACGAAUUCUGUUUUUUUGCACAACCUCGUGUUGCGUUUGUUUGCUGCUACAGCGUCGUAAUCUGUGCUAAUUACUAACCCUUUGCAGGUACCAGAAGAGGAGAAAGCUAAUCUGUGACCUGCCAGAGCAAAGUCAGAAGCUGAAGCGGCAGGCCUGGAGGGAGGCGGCCAGGCGGCAUCGCGCCCGCAAAAAGUCCUUUCUCCAGAUGAGCCAGUUAACAUGUUUGCAAAACACUGAGACGGCUUUGAAUUCGGCGGCUCCCCUGAGGACGGCACUGACACACCCAAGCUAGCGCUCACGCAGUCCAGCUGAAGGCUGGAGAAAGGGGUCGGACAGUGGAAUCCCAGCAUACCUCUCCAUCCAUCCAUCCAUCCAUCCAUCCAUCCAUCCAUCUUGCAUAACUGCUUAUCUGGCAUGAGAAUCGUGAACCUGAAUCUUAUCCCUGGAAGAAUACUGUGUGAAGCAAGGGAACAGCCUGGCUGGGAUUGAAGUCCAUCACAGCACACAAUCGCACACACAAUCCUGGGGAGAGCAUGCAAACUCCACCCACACACAGUGCCAGAGGCAAUGGGGGGGGGGGAUCCCCAGCCCUGGAAUUGUGAGACUACAGUGUCUCCCACUGAGCCACCAUGCUACUUGCCAUGUUUGGUCCUAGGAUGAUGCUUUAUUCUUUAUCACAGCAGCCAUGAAAUGUUACUCUUUCCUGAAAGAUUAACUGAAAAAUUCCUCAAAGCUGAAUGUCGAUUUAUUUCUAUCGCACUGGUCUUAUUACAAGGCAUUUUGGAUCAAAAUGCCAUUGAUUCAGUGGACACUAGAUUUUAAAUGAUAGUGGUAUGAUAUCCAGAUCUUACAGAGUGUUAUGUGCAUGAGAUCGGUAGAAUCUCUUGAGAAACUGCUGUAACUCUGAAGCAUUUCCCCUGACCCAGUUUGGCCCAUUUGGUUCUUUGCACACACAAGGUCCAUUAUCUCUGUGAUGUCAUAUUGUUUUAAUCAAUUAAAAAAGUAGGUUGUGUGAUGA